AUGGCAAAUGGAGACGAGAUCAGAGGGGACUCGGUUUAUGAAAAACCGGUCCCUGCUCCUGAACAAUCGACUUAUCUUAUGAAGCCUAAAACCAAGCAGACAAUUAUGGAAAAAAUAAAUGACAUGAUAUUUGGCGGAGAUGGUGGCAUGGAGAUGCCCCCACUGGAUCAGAUCGAAAUUCACACCUGGAAUGGCCCCGAUGACCCCGACAACCCAUUCAACUGGGGCUUCAAAUACAAGUGGAUCAUGACACUCACCAUCUGUUUUGUCUCUAUUUUGACCGGACUUCCUGCAGGAACAUAUGGAUCAGGAAACGACUGGAUGGCAGAGCGGUUCAACGUUCAGAACUCUCCUUUCCCUAACCUGUACUGGGCUACCUGUUCCUGGAACAUGGGUGCUGCCGCCUUUCCCCUGGUAUUUGUGCCUCUCACAGAGUCUGCUGGUCGAAUGCCCGGAUAUUUCGUGGGUUAUAUCAUUCUGGUCAUGACCCUCUUCGGUUCGGCAUUCGCACAAAACUUUGCAACCUUGGUUGUCACCCGUUUCUUUGGUGGCGGUGCCUCAUCUGUGUCGAUUAACAUCGUCGGAGGAAGUAUUAGUGAUAUCUGGCCCGGUGAUUUGGCUCGCAGUCUGCCAAUGUCCAUCUUCGGAUUCACCAGUGUUGCGGGUAUUGCCCUUGGACCAUUUAUUGGAUCAUGCAUUGUGCAGAUCAACAGACAUGAUCCCUGGCGCUGGAUCUUCUAUAUCCAGAUUAUCUACAAUUCCGCCCUGAUCCCAGUCUUCUACCUCAUCCUCAAAGAAAGUCGUCCCGAUGUCAUCCUCAAAAAGCGGGCUCAGAAGAUCCGUCGGGAAACAGGCCGCCCCAUUUAUGCCAAGUGCGAAAUAAACGCACCUACCAAAAUUGAACUCUUGAAAACCUCUUUCCAACGCCCGACUCGCAUGCUUACCACUGAACCCGUGGUUAUCUUCUUCACUCUGUGGGUCAGCUUCGCAUGGGGUAUCCUCUACCUCUUCUUCUCCAGUGUUGUGCAAACCUUUAGCACCAACUAUGGCUGGGAUCUCCUCGCUACUGGAUUGGUCCAACUCGCCAUCACCGUGGGUGCUAUCAUUGGUACGGCCAUCAACCCUUUCUCAGAUUACCUUUAUUUGAAGUCUGCAGAGAGGAACACUGAAAAGCCUGGUAAAGCAAUUCCCGAAGCAAGGUUGUACACUGCCAUUCCCGGUAGUAUCCUCUUCGCAGCAAGUCUGUUCUGGUAUGGUUGGUCUAGUCAGCCCCAAGUGCACUGGAUCGUCCCAACCAUUAGUAUCACCGUCGCCGGUCUCGGUGUCUACUCCAUCUACAUGGCGGUCGUUAACUACCUAACUGAUGCCUAUGAGCGUUACGCUGCAUCUGCUUUGUCGGCUGCAUCGCUUGGCCGAAAUGUGUUCGGGGCAUUCUUGCCGCUGGCUGCGCCUCAGUUGUUUACCAACCUCGGCUUUGGAUGGGCCGGUAGUCUUGUUGGAUUCAUUGCAUCUGCUUUGUCCGUUGUUCCUAUCGUACUUGUGCUUAAGGGCCGACAGAUUCGUGCACGUAGUACCUUCAUGUCUCAGGCUAUGUGGGAGCCCGAGGAAGAUAUCGAGAUUGAUGAUUCCCACAAGAGGGAAAUGGGUCCUACUGCUGAAAAUAUCGCGUGA